UUCCGUCUCUCUCUCCUCAGUUGGACCAUGGAAAAGGUGUUCGAGGAACUUCAAGCCUCAGAGACAAAGAGAGUGCUGGAGGAGACCAGAGAACACUACCACGUCAUCCAGAAGUUUGUCAUCCUAGGAGACCUGGACGGUCUGUUGGAGGAGUUCUCUGAUUGGCUGACAGCCUCUAAGCCCCUCCCCUCCCACCUGCUGCGUUUCAUGACUCACCUCGUGCUGUUUUUCCGCUCUCUGGGUUUGGCGCUGAAGGAGGAGGUGUGUGUGGAUGUGCUGAAGGCGUACGUCUCCCUUCUGAUUCGGGAUCAGCAGACUGAGCUCGUGGCGAGCUACGUCAGCCAGCUACCGGCCGAGCUCGCCACCGCUCAGUACGCCGCUUUCCUGGAGACUGUAAACCAGCCGGAGCUGCGCCCUCGCUGCCUGCAGCUCGCCACUGACGCCGGUCUGGAUGUUGCUGCGAUAACCAAGCUGGUGGUGGAGACUGUGAGGGAGAGAGACGAAACUGAGUUUACACACCACAGCCAGACGCUGGAGACGGCGACUACGAAGGAGGACCUAAGGAAGAUCGACGUUAUCGAUUGGCUGCUGUUUGACCCCGCACAUCGAGCCGAGUCCCUAAAGCAAUCCAACGCCAUCAUGAGGAAGUUUCUGGCCCUGCAGAAACACGACGCAGCCAAGGCGGUGUUCUCUAAAGUUCCAGAGGAUUCAAUGAGGGAGAUUUACUGCCAGUGGACGGGGGUCGGUCAGACCACGGCACCUGCGGAGGACGAGAACGCCAUCAGAGAACACCUGUGCAUCAGAGCCUACCUGGAAGCCCACGAGGCCUUCACUGACUGGUUCAGCCACAGUAGCUCUGCCCCCCAGAAACCAGCACCCGCGCCCAGGAGCAAACUUUUGAUUUAUAUCAAUAUGUCAAUUUGUGUGUGUGUCUGUCAGUCCUCCCUGGCUGCCUGGUCGGCACGUCUGGACGUUUUAACUGAAGAUGUGAAAGAGAGAAUCUACAACGUGCUGCUGUUCGUAGAUGGAGGAUGGAUGAUCGACAACAGACAGGAUUCAGAGCAGGAUUCAGAGCGCAGCCACCAGAUGGCGGCGUUGCGCUCUCUGUGUCUGCCUCGCCUCAGCUUCUUGCUGCUCAGCGUGUUGCAGAACUCCUCCAGACACCAGGAGGCGCUGCGACUGGCUGACAUCAUCUCGUCUGACCAGCACCGCCUCUACCAGGUUUUCUCUAAAGAGGAGCUGAGGAGGUUUCUUCAGAAGUUGAGGGAGUCGUCGCUCGCUCUGUUGGACCGAGGAGUCGAUCCGCUGGGCUACGAGUUGCAGCCAUGAACACACGGAGAAAACACACACGCAAACACACACA